UCCGAUUCUUCAUUUCUCUCGGGUCUUUUCUUUUUCUUUGGAUCUUCAAAAAUGCCGACCACGAAGAGAAGAAGCACGAGGAAUCGUUGAUGGAGAAGAUAGCAGAGAAGAUCCACGGCCACGAUUCGUCUUCAGAUUCCGAUGAUGACAAGCCAUCAGAAUCGUUGAUCAAGGCCAAGGUCUUCCGUCUCUUUGGACGAGAAAAGCCCGUUCACCACGUUCUCGGUGGAGGCAAACCGGCUGACAUUUUCCUAUAGGAACAAAAGAUAUCAGCAGGAGCUCUUGGUGUGGCAACUGUGAUAUGGGUUUUGUUUGAAUUGCUCGAAUACUACCUUCUCACUCUAGUGUGUCACUUGUUGAUACUUGCCCUUGCGCUACUCUUCUUGUGGUCAAAUGCUACUACCUUCAUCAGCAAGUCUCCACCACAUAUCCAUGAAGUUCAAAUUCCAAAGGACCCGGUUAUAGAGUUUGCACAAGCACUUAGGUUUGAGAUUAACCGGGCUUUUGCUGUCCUGCGGGAUAUUGCAUCAGGAAGAGAUCUCAAGAAGUUCCUAUCUGUGAUCGCGGGCUUGUGGGUCUUGUCUAUUGUGGGAAGUUGGUGCAACUUCUUGACACUAUUCUACAUAGUCUUCGUACUACUUCACACUGUACCUGUGCUGUAUGAGAAAUACGAGGACAAGGUGGAUCCAUUUGCUGAGAAAGCAAUGCAUGAGAUCAAGAAGCAGUAUGCAGUGUUUGAUGCAAAGGUUCUAAGUAAGAUUCCGAGGGGACCAUUAAAGGAAAAGAAGAAGGAUUAGAUUUACUGGCCAAGAUGUGUUUUUGCUAGGUUUCUGACAUACAUUUGGUGCCUGUCUUCAAUGAGCGUGUUCUUUAUUACAUAUCAUGUAUCAUUUAGAACCCUGUUUUAAUCCCUCAUUUUCAUACUCAAUAGGUUCAUAAUGUUGAUGAAUAUGGCAUCUUCUCUCUAUUUUUCUUC